AAGUGGUAGCGCGGCGAACGCGUUAGGUGUUUUUAGUGGCUGGUUGUGUUUAUUUUCAUUUCAUUCUCAUUCACAAUUAUUUACGUGAUUUGAACUUUCUUCGUGAAGCAAGUCGAACAGAAGUUUUCACACCAUACGUUUUUUGAACCGGUCACCUUCUGUUUUGUCCAAUGGAUCUUUUAUCAGAUCAAGGCUUGCGCUUGGAUGGCAGACGGCCAGAUGAAUUGCGAAAUAUUAGAUGCAAAAUGGGCGUGUUCAAUCAAGCUGAUGGGAGCGCUUAUCUUGAACAAGGCAACACCAAGGUUCUGGCAACUGUCUACGGACCGCAUCAGCCUAGAGGACAGGCAAGAAACAGAGCUCCACAUGAUGAAGCCUUUGUCAACUGUCAAUACAGUAUGGCAGUGUUCAGUACAGGGGAGAGGAAAAAUAGACCUCGUGGUGACAGGAAAAGCCAAGAAAUGUCAAUUCAUCUUCGACAAGCAUUAGUGUCAGCAAUAAGGACAGAGCUGUAUCCACGUAGUCAGUUAGAUAUCUUUGUAGAGGUUUUGCAAGCAGAUGGGGGUAACUACUGUGCUUGUGUCAAUGCAGCUACAUUAGCUUUGGUAGAUGCUGGCGUUGGUAUGCGAGAAUAUGCUGUUGCGUGUUCAGCAAGUUUAGCCAAUGGUGAAAUUCCUUUAGUUGACAUCAGCCAUUUGGAGGAAAGUACAGGCGGUCCAAAUCUAACUGUUGCUUCUCUUCCAAUUUCUGGACAGGUUGCCCUAAUGGAAAUGUCACAGCGCUUUCAUUCUGAUCAUCUACCGAAAGUACUGGAGAGAGCAUUAGAGGGGUGCAAGGAUAUCCAUAGAAUAUUGGAUGAUACUGUUCGAAAACACGUGGAAGAGACUGGUCGAGCCAGUGGAUGGGGGCAAGUAGACAGGGCUGGUAUUGUCCUCUAACUCUUUUUAAAAUUGUGUAUGUGUUAAGAUAAAUUCUUACUGAGAUAUAUAAAU